CAAUCCGCGGUAGGUCCGGCCUAUUGUAAAUUUCAGGAAGGCUUGGGGCGACAGGAGUUCCGUAUCAGUUUAUCCGUGUGGAAAUAACCCUAUGAACCGUUUGGAUGGCACAUAAACAUCAUAGUCAGCUCCAAGAAGGUUUCAACGGUGGACGUUCCUAAUCCCACUGUUUCGUGUUGUAUUGAUCACCUGAGUUUUGGAUCUUCCUGAUUUUUUCAGAGUUUCUCUCUCUUGGAGAGAAGCGAAAGAAAUUGGGAGAGUCGAGAUGGAAUCUCUAUCCGAUGAUCUCAUCGUCAACAUCCUUUCAAGACGACCCGUCCAAACUCUCUCCAGGCUAAAGUGCGUAUCUCCCCACUGGCGAAGGCUAAUCUCAAGCUCUCCUAUACUCUCCGCAAAGAAACCUUUCUUCGUCUUCUCCACACGCGGUCAAUAUGAGAACGACGGUUCCUUUAUCAUCCACAUAUCCUCCGAAGACCACCAUGGUAAAGUUCAAAAAACCUUCACGAAGAAGGUGAUCAAUGUCGUGGACUCACUUCAAACUUGCGCCAGUUUGGUGUGCCUCAUUGGAUCGGGCUACAUCUAUGUCUGCAAUCCAAGCACUGAAGAAUUGGUAACCCUUCCACGAGCUUCUCGCAGCGCUAUAAAUGGUUUCGGUUUUGGAUAUUCAUACUCCACAGAGCAAUAUAAAGUCAUACAUUUGUUCUAUUCGGGUUAUGAUAUGAGGGAUAAUCCCCAAGUAGCAUGUGAGGUCUUUACUUUAGGCUGCGAGGAAUCCUCUUGGAGAAGAGUUGAGAAUUGUCCAUAUUAUGUUUAUUUCUCUCCUCCACCUUUCGUGGAAGGAUCUCUACAUUGGGUUAUUGAUGAUUACUACCAUACCCCUUAUGAUGAAGUUAUACUUUCGUUAGAUCUCGACAGAGAGGAGUUUAGAGUGAUUCCACAUCCAGAAUGCUGUUCGACCUCCGAUUCAUACAGGCCGCGGCUGCGUUUGGUGGAGUUGAGGGGAUGUUUGUGUGUCGUAAAGCCUACUCAACCUUCAAAACUUAGCAUAUGGAUGUUGAAGGACUACAAGAAUGGCCCUUGGGUGAAUGAAUAUAACCUCGACCUUUUGUCCCUUGGUGGUUAUGAUAUAGUUCCUAGAGCUAUCCGAAGCGAUGGGACGAUCUUGAUGGAGACGCCUGGUAAAAGAUUGCGUUAUUAUGACCCAGAAAGUGGGACUUUUACCCAAUUUAACAGAAUUGAAGUCGAGGGUGGGUUCCUCUUUGGCUAUUAUGUUGAAGGCUUGUACUCGUUGGCAAGUAGAUGAUUUUCACAAGCAGGGAAAUGGGUUGGAAUUGGGAGCUUGAACAAAUGAAUGUACAGCUGCAUACAUGCAGUUGCGGCCUCCUUCA